GCCACGCUGCUGCUGCGCGCCUGCGCACUGACCUGCUGCGUCUACCUGCUGUGCUGCACCUGCGCUGGAGUCCUCACCUCCUCCCGCAGACGCCGGCGCAGCCAGCACGGCGUCCGGCACCGCGGCGCGCACCACCGGCCGCUCACGGACGAGCAGAAAGCGGACCAGAACCUGCAGUUCAUGCUCAGCCUGUACCGGAGCGCGGCCGAGCCGGACGGCAGGACCAAGCAGCACCGCAAGUUCGGCUCCAACACGGUGCGCCUGCUGCGGCCCGCGGCGUCCUCGGUGCACUACCUGCCCGCGUCCGGAGAUCUUUGCUACAUCUUCACAGUGCAGUACAAUCUGGACACUCUUCCCUCCGAGCAGCUCGUCAGAGCUUCCUUCAUCCACCUGCGUUCCUCUUCCUCCUGGACGUCGGCCCAGGCCUUGCAGCCGCCCCGCUGCCGGGCGCAAAUCACCUCCCUGGGGGCCGAAAGCCUGGUCACCCUGGAGCCCCACGAGCGCUGGAUCGAGACGGACAUCACGUCGCACGUCAGUGCUCACAUCCUGCAGGGGAAGGGCCAGGUGGACGGGGGCCACCUGACCCUCUCGGCCCAGUACUGGUGCGCCGACCCGGGGCUGGCCGACGAGGACGGCGGCGCCUCGUGGUGGUGGACUCCCUUCAGGGGGAGGAAGCAGUUCAGCAACGAGCCUCACCUCGAGGUCCCGUCUCUUCUUCUGUACCUGGAGGAGGAGAGGGAGGUGAAGGAGUGGAUGGGGGACUUGCUCGGGGCGGACGGAGAGAACCUAAUGAGGCGCGUCGGGUGGUGGCACACGUCAAUCCGCCACCGCCGCAGCUCCAAGCAGAACUCGACUUCGGAGGCCAAAGACCUUUCGCUGGACGCUCUGAAAAACGCCCCCACUUCCUCCUCUUCCUUCUCCACCUCCGCCUCCGCCUCCAUCAUCUCAAACAUCCCCAACUACAAGCUCAAGACCAGCAUACCCAAGAACCGCUGCAAGCUCCACUCCUUCCGGCUGUCGUUCGACGAGCUGGGCUGGGGCCACUACUUCAUCGCCCCGCCCGUCUACAACCCCCGCUACUGCCAGGGCGACUGCCCGCGCGUGCUGCACUACGGCUACCACUCCCCCAACCACGCCAUCAUCCAGAUGCUCAUCAGCGACCUGGGCGUCGGCGACGUCCCUCUCCCGUCCUGCGUGCCGUACAAGUACAUGCCGAUGAGCGUGCUGAUCGCGCACAAGAAGAAAGUGGACUACAAGGAGCUGGAGGACAUGGUGGCUGAGUCCUGCACGUGUCGCUAGACUCCAAGCGGGACCCAAAAUGACUUGAAAAUGCUAAGCACUGAGAAAAGAGACUGACCCAGGUGAUCUUUUGAAGGGUCAUUUGUCUGAUCCAGGGCUUGGCAGCUCACCGUGUGAAGCUCAAGACUGGAAGGAGGGAAGUCGGGGGUUUCCAAGGCAGCUGUUAGUUCACCCGUUUUCCUGUGUUUUAAACCUGAUCUGUGUUUCACAUCAGGGCAGCAGCUGUAACCGAAAAAAAAGAGGAAAAAAAAGGCCUUGAUAUUUGUAUGUUUUGAAAGAUCUCUGGAUAAUGUGGCCACUGUGUGAAGCCACGCUCCUCUGAUAGCGCUUAAAGGGAAAUCUUUUAAUGGACAAGGGGUCAGCCACGUUGGAUGCAACUGCUCAGACCUCACAUUUGCCAUUUACCGUUUGUGUUCAUAAUGAAAGGGGGGGGGGGUGUCUCCUUAAACUUCUACUGCUCAUGAUUUGACAGAGGAAGAAAAAAACUGACUUACGAUGAGGAGCGACUGUUUAAUGUUGAAGAAAACUGGUGUCGUGGAAAAGAAUGCGAUUUUUAUUACAAGUGGAAAUGAAUAAUAAAAGCAUAUUUUCUAAAGCCUAAUCAAUUGUGGAUUUUGUCUACAGCAAGGAUUAUUUAACUCGGUGCCUGAGCUUGUCUUUACUGGUCAUGUCUGAAAAGCCUGAGCUCUGGUUGGACCCUAGCUACCAAAUAAAACUAAAAAUGAAUAUCUGUGAUGUUGACGCCACAUUCAGAUGUAUUUAAAAGACGUAUUUCCUUUCGGGGGGAAAAAGAAAUGCUAUCCCUAGUUUGACAGUUUUGUUUGUGUUUUGUUGUGGAGAUCUUGCAUAAAUAAAGA